AUGCCGGGUAUAGACCCCACUAUCAUGGAGCACCGCUUAAAUGUAAAUCCUGACUUUAAACCUGUCAGACAAAAGAGGAGUACUUUCAUUCCAGAAAGAAAUCAGGCUAUAUCAGAAGAGGUGAAAAAGCUCUUAAAAGUCGACUUUAUUCAUGAGGUGUACUACCCCGACUGGCUGGAAAAUGUGGUCUUAGUGAAGAAGGCAAAUGGAAAGUGGAGGCUAUAUGUGGAUUUCACCGACCUUAACAAAGCUUGCCCGAAUGACAGCUUUCCUCUCCCAAGAAUCGAUAUGCUCGUUGAGGGAACAGCUGGAUACGAACUAUUAAGUUUCAUGGAUGCAUAUUUUGGAUACAACCAGAUAUCUAUGUACACCUCAGAUAGAGAAAAAAUGGCCUUCAUCACUUAUAGAGGUUUGUACUGUUACAAAGUAAUGCCGUUUGGGCUCAAGAACGCUGGUGCAACAUACCAAAGGUUAGUGAAUGCAAUGUUUAAGCAUCAAAUUGGUAGAAACAUGGAGGUAUAUGUUGAUGACAUGUUGGUGAAAAGCUUAAAAGCUGAAGACCAUUUGACUGACCUGCAGGAGACCUUCGAGGUCCUACACAAGCCAGAAAGCUCUGGUCGACUGAUGAAGUGGUCAGUAGAGUUAAAAGAGUUCGACAUUCAGUAUAAGCCAAGAACAGCAGUAAAGGCUCAGGUGUUGGCUGAUUUCUUAGCUGAAUUUACCCCUCCAGAAGAGGAGAAACAACCCCAAUUUUUGACAGAACCAGGUUUAAGUGAGCAGAUGGGCCCAGAAGUAGUCUGGGACUUGUUCGUGGAUGGGUCAUCUAAUGUUCAGGUUAGCGGAGCCGGGCUUGUUCUUGUCUCCCCAGAGGGAGAAAGUGUACAAUAUGCACUUCGGUUUGGUUUCAAAGCAACCAACAACAAAGCAGAGUACGAAGCCUUGAUAGUAGGAUUAAAAGUGGCAAAUGCCCUAGGGGUUGAGCAAUUAAAUAUGUACACCGACUCCGAGCUGGUCGCUGGACAAGUUCAAGCGGAAUAUGAGGCACGAGACGAGAAGAUGAAGAGUUACCUACAAAAGGAGAGACAAAUUGAAGUGCAACAAGCGAUAUUGAGUGUGGAAUGGGCAGAUCCUAUCAUCAGAUAUAUCAAGGGUGGGGUGCUACCAACAGACCGAGCAGAAGCUCGAAAGGUCAAGAUGCGGGCAGCUAGGUAUACGCUUAUCAAAGGGGUGCUCUACAAGAGAAGCUUCUCCAUACCGUAUUUACGAUGCGUUUCUAGCGAGGAAGUUGACUACAUUUUAAGGGAGAUCCACCUAGGAGUUUGUGGAAACCAUGUUGGGGGUAGGUCAUUUGCUAACAAGGCCAUCCGACUAGGAUACUAUUGGCCUACCAUGCAGAAAGAUGCACUUGACUUCGUUAAAAAGUACGACAAGUGUCAACGAUUUGCCAACAUCCCGAGACAACCAUCAGAGGAGAUGACUCCCAUGUCAAGACCACACCUCUUUCCCCCUUAA